UACUUUGUAUAUGUCUCCUUUUCUUAAAAAUUUCCUGCUUUCAAGCUACAUUUGAUAUUAAUUAUGGAUGGCUCGGGAGUUGUACUCUGGUUCCAGAGGGUACCGGAGAUAAUGCGUAGAGGUGUAAUUGAGGUCCAUCGAUAAAGCCGGAGUCUUAAUCUCGUCGUGACUUUAAAGACAGCCAAAUAAUCAAAUUACGAUAUCUAAGAGAAAAUUAGGAAACGUUUAUUUCCAUAUUUUGGUAUCAUUUAAUAGAACCUUAUUAAAUUAGCAUUUACCUACUUCUAUAAUAUAAUUAGACGUUCUGUUCUGUUCUAAUUUGCCGUAAGGUGAUGUUUUCUCUACAAUUACCCAUCUUGUCGACAUCUGGACAGAAAGAAAAACAUGUUACGCGUUUGCACAUUUAUGUUAGAUCAAUUAACUUGAUAUUAAUAGACACAUAUGUAGGAAAUUGUUAUUCAGUAAAUGUAUUUCAUGCCCAGAAAUAAAGCUCAUAUGUAUUUUAAUUACGACAGAAUUCCAUAAAUGUUGAAGAUGUUAAAUUAUUUUAAGGAAUUUACAAUCUAACUACAAUGACAUUUGUAGCGUGGUUAAAGUAAUUAUGUGUGGCAAUGAAGUCAUAUAUAUAUUUGACACGAGAUUAAAUUAUUGUAAAGAAACAAAGCGUUGUGAUCAAUUGACCAAACAGUGUUGAAAUAACGUUGUUUUUUGUGUACACGGAGUAUUAAAUACAGAUUUGUUUUUGAUAGUAAAGGUAAACAAAGAAAUAAACAUUUUAAGUUAUAUAUGUACAUUUUUUAUUUAAUCAGGCGUGUUAAUCAACGCGCCCCCGCGGGGGCUAUUAGAUGAGGUAGUGUAACUCUCGAUAACUAAUUCUGUGAGAGUCACUAAAAUUCUGAUUCAUUCAGUAGGCUACAAAGAGUUACUAAUGAAAGCCACCCUGUGACCCCGUGUAAAAAUUUGAUUAUAACGGAGGAUAGAAUUUCAGCGUCAGUCAGAGCUUUGUUUGCGUUUAUGACAGAGGCAGAAAAUGUGGUUUUACUUUGUAGAUAUCUUUAAAUUAACAUGUUAGCAUAUCGGAAUAAGCGUGCUGCGGAAUUUGUAUUUUAGAUGUAAAGUUUCUCAGAGAUGAUUUACAAAUUGAAAUGAUGUGUAACAAAGUACAGUGCUGGUUUUUGCGAUAUCUGGAUAGGGGUGUCUAUUGUAAGAGGAUGGUAGCUUAGAUUACUCCAGAGCAUUCACGAUUUAUUUCAAAGUAGAUUGGAAUUAGAUUGCGUUACAAGUACAGUGCUUUAUUCUCUUUAAUGUUUUCUAGGAUUUUUAUUUAACUUGAAAUUUUAUCUUGGGAUUUUAAUAUGAGUUCUGAUAAACAAACAGACGGUAGUUCGAAGCCUUCGGGUAACGGUAGUUGUUUACGACCUGGCAUUCCGGAGUCCGAUACCGGAGAAAGCGGCGAGGAAUCUGAGCCGACCUACCGGCAUUAUGACAACUUUGAAACAGACGUUUGUUUGACACAGGAUGAAGAUGACGAUCCUGCAGAUUUUAACGCCGGCGUCGUCGGUAAUCUGGAUCAGAACUUACAGCCCGUUGUGAAUAAGGUUUUAAAAAAUAAUUCAUCUGUUAUGGACGCAAGGGAAUUUAUACAAAAGGAUUUAAACGUGAUAAAUCGGGGUUUAAGCAGUGAUUCAGAUAGUUGUACUGAAAGUGAACUAACACAAGGUCAAGGUCAGGUGACAGACGACACUACCACAACAAGUACUUCGGAAUCCGAGGAAACUCAAAUUUGGGUACCAAUAAACAAAAGACCUUCGGCCCGCCUGGUUCAAGACACUACCAGCGACCCGCCACCUAGUGCUACGUCAUCAAACGGCAGUGAUCAUAGCCGCCCUCAGAGCUACAUACAUAAAGCCGGAAGUGUACCUCCCGCCGGCGUCGGCAGUUUAACAUACGUAGCAUCUCCAUCCGGGUUGUCUAGGAUGGAGAAGAAUAACAGCCGAGCUGGGUCACAUGACAGCGGCAGACGAGAUUCAAGAGACUCUUGGCAUACCCUGCAGUCGAAUCUUCAAUCUUCCGGCGUCAACAAAAGAGUAUCUCCGUCAAAACAAGUCAGUCUCGGACUGUUACGUCACGAUGAGACGACAGGAACAAUUACCCUAGAUAUCAGAAACGUUCCGAAUGGGGAUUCUGGUUUAGGACAGGACGAGGGACAAUUUACACCCAGUGAUGAAAACUCGAACACGGGAGCUGCCAACGUCUCUAUGCUGAAAGGAAAAACUACACGAGAAUACAAGUUUGGACAAAAUAUGAGUUUCACAGAGAGUGUAUGUGUGGUGUGCAGUGGACUAUACAUGUUGUUUGUUGUGGUUUGCGGCCUGAUUCUCCCAAUAUCCGAGGUCUUUGUAGCGGAACCCUAUCCUGCUCUAUUUGAGGGAUUUUAUAUCUAUCUUUACGUUAUGAGCAUUGCGUUUCUUGUGUACGCAUACUCUUACCUCCUGAGGAUUCGAACUUUCUCCGUCGGCCGCCGAGGUCGAACCAUAAUAUCGUCUGUUCCAGUGCAGAACCGGAAGAGGAACGCCAGCGUUGAUGAGACAGAACAGCAGACCGGAAGUUUUUAUCUCCGUCUCGGAGCAGUCGGGUUUGGGAUAGGUAGCAUGAUAAAAAGCGGACUUCACUUUGGAGAAUACUUUGAGAUGACAACUUCGCCAAAUUGUGCGCACGUGCUGUUCGGAAUUAGACCAAUUCUACACCUCUGUUUCACAUUCAUUCAACUUUAUUUCGUUUUUCUAAACUCAAAGAUGAUGAUACAUCGAUACCGGUAUCUGGCAAGGAUUGGCCUUAUGCACAUGAUCGCCACCAAUCUGGCUGUAUGGUUUGAGGACGUUGUCAGAGAGACACUCCGAGAACUUGGCAGAACUUCCGCUGUGACGGACGGAGAUAACUCUUCUGUACCAAACAAGAUUGUUACACUUCGUCCGACUGGAUUGAGGAUGUUAGAAGAGUACGGAUUCCCACAUUGUCAAGGAGAUUCCCUGAUGGGAGAAGUUGUUGAAAUGUCCAGUCCCUAUCUGUACCCGUGUAGUAUUUUGUACAGUAUAAUAUGUGCCAGUAUCUUAUUCGUGAUGUGGCGUAAUCUUGGCAAGCGAAACUUGAAACAUGACCGAACAUCAGAAGAAUCUGUGCCAAAGGAACGCUCAAAUGUAGAUUGUUCAAGCUCAAGUAGAGGCUUGUUUCUUGGUAUAAUCAUAUUUGUUGCAGCCGUGAUAAUACUUAUAACAUUUUUUGUACUGGUGCGAACAGACGAGUUUAUGAAUACGGCUGUUAGACUUUACCAUUUGGGAGACGUUGCAAUAUUUGUCGUUACCACAAUAUCACUAAUUUUGGCUUUUCACCGGACGCAUGGUUUGCGCUACACUGACCAAGAUCAAGGUCCUGGUUUUGAAGAGGCUUUGCUAGUGAUUUCCGUUAUUGGAGUGUACAUUUUGUGCAUUACAAACAUUAUCGCGGGAAUUCUCACGGAUGUUGAACAUUAUGGACAUUUGAUUAUCUUAUCAAGUUGCCUAAGAUGUGUGCAGGCGACUGUACAAACGCUCUAUUUGUUGACCACAAUGCGAAAGACUGUUUGGAAACGAGAGCAAGAGGAGACCAAGACAGGGCGCGAGUUUGUGACAUUUUUAUUAAUUUGUAACAUUGCAUUGUGGGGCAUGAAUAUUUUUGAAGUUCAGAGGUCAGAGGCUAACCCUGUGCAGGUGGACUUUUAUGGAAGUGUUGCUUGGAAUAUUAUCACUCACGUUUCAGUGCCUUUCGCUAUCUUUUACAGGUUUCAUUCAACAGUUUGUUUGGCAAACAUUUGGAAACAUGCCUGGAAAUUUAGAAAUUAGUUAAAGGCCAUAUAUUUUCUUAUCAUAGUGUAGGAAAAUUCUAAUAGAUAUUGUCUAGAUAUUGGCAAUACAUUAACAAUACUCUGUUUGAAAUAUAUUUAUUGGCAGCUCUUGUCUUCUUUGUAAGAUUAAUCAAUCUAGUCCACUUAUUCUUAUUUUUGUUCUGAAUUAUUUUAAUACGCGUGGAACAAUUUAUUUUUUGUAUAUGUGGGACCAGUCUUGUACAGGACGGUUUCGUUUCUUACAUAUAAUAUCAUCAUUUAAUAAUAAAAAUAAAAUAAACAAAGCUUAA